GGGGCCCCGAGGAGACUAAAUGAUAAAUCUGCAUUCUGGGGUGCUUUCUAAAACAAGCCAUGAUGGUCGCAGAACGUGGACCCAAUUCUGUCUGUGUUCACUGUUGAAUGCCAAAGUGCUUGAAAUUGCAGGCCCUUGCCAAGGUGGUGUCUUCAGGAGAUUGUUUUCAGAUGAGCAACUUUCUGGCUGGAUCAGGCGCCAAGAAUUCAAGGUGUUGAAUGGAUGUGGCGUUUAGAUCAGCAGAGACGCUCUCUAGACAGUUUCCAAAGUGUGCAAGACUGAUCAGAGCGCUCGACGAUUGCAACCGGAAACACCGCAACCACGUCGAGCAGGGGAUCGUCUGCAGGCAGCUGAACCACAGCGUUGCAGAGUGCCUGCUGAAGAUUGUCUGUGGGCCGGAGCUUGAGCGUGUGACAGAUCUUUGCGGUUCGCAAGGAACCAAGGCCAAAAAGAGGCAGUGUGCGGAUGCGAAAUGUAGCUCGUUGAGUUCUGGUGGUUACAACUCCCCAAAAAGCCUCCAGCGCUAUGGCAGCACUGCCCUUGGCCGGAGGGCCUCCAUCUCAGAGUCUCCCAGGGCAGGAUCGUCGGGUUCGCUUGUGGAGAAACCCGCACAGGCACAGACCUCACUUGAGGACAUCAAGAAGGACGAGACGUUUGCCAAGUUCCUGGAGGAUGAGUUCAACGCCACCGACUUUGCGAGCCAGGCGCUGCACAGCGGGAGCGCCGCCAGCAGUUCCCGUAAGCUGCAGGAGGGGAUCCUGCUGCUGGAGAAGCAGCUGCGGACCGAGGUGGUGAACCGGCACGAUGAGUUGCUGGCGCAGGUAUCUAGUCUCAAGGACACUGAGAACGUCCUAGCCGUCGUCCGCGCCGAGGUGGAGUCCCUACGCUCCAGCGUCCAACGCGUCCGAAACGAGAUCGCGGACCCGUACAAGCAGAUCAAGCUGAAGACGCGCCAGCUGGCAGCCUUACACGGCACCGUCGAGCUUCUCCGGUACGUGAUCCGGGUGCUGAAACUGACGGGGAAACUGCGGGAGCAAGUCGAGAGCAAGAGCGGGAGGCUCGACUUGGCGAAGGCUGCGCAGCUGUACAGUGAGAUUGACGGGAUAAGGAAAGAGGCGGAUCUGGGGGGAUUGGAGGCAGUGGAAGCCGAGAUGGGGUGGCUGUCGGAAGUGAGCCAGAGGAUCCGGACGGAGGCGAUGAAGAGCCUGGAGGCGGGGAUGGAGUCACUGAACCAGGCGGAGGUGGGCAGCGUCCUCCAGGUCUACUACAACAUGGGCGAGCUGCGCCAAACGGUGGAACAGCUGAUGGGCAAAUACCGGGUCCAGCUAACCAAGGCCAUCUCCGCCGCGCUCGACAUGAAGGCCAUCUCCGCGGACCAGAGAGCGGCCCCCGGCCCAGGGGGGGUGGCCCGUGCAGGGACGCCGGGCCUAGGGACGGCCCCCAAGGCCAGGGAGGCGCUCUGGCAGAGGAUGACGUCAUGCUUCGAGGCGGUGCACGGGGUCAUGGUGGCCGUAUGGCACUUGCAGCGCGUUUUGGCCAAGAAACGCGACCCCAUCACCCACGUGUGCUUCCUCACGGAGGCCGUCCCCGAGGGGGAUCCCCGGCCGACCGAGCGCAUGUGGGAGUCGUUCACGAAAGUCCUGGCCAACCAGAUGAAGAGCGCGUUCUCCGCGUCUAGUUUCUGCAAGGAGACCUUCGUCAACGGGUACCCCAAGCUGGCCGGCAUGCUCGACGCGCUCCUCGAGCGGCUCGCAAGGGACACUGACGUCAAGGGCGUUGCGCCGGCUGUGAAGCCCGAGGACAAGGCGAGUUUGUCAUUGGCAGUGGAGCCGUUCCAGAACGCGUACCUGGCGCAGUCGCUUAAGCGAAUGCAAGAGGCGGUUAACACCCUGUUUCCGCAGGGGAUGCGCGCCAGCAUACCCAACUCCGACCAGAUGUCUCGCCUCGCCUCUGGGCUGUUGGAGGAGCUGGGGGCCGUGCAGCCAGACCCCACUUUGACGGGCCUUGUCAUGCGGGGCGUCGGAACUGCGCUGCAGCUUUUGGCUGAGCGGGCCGAGUACCAGGUCGCGACAGGGCCCGACGCGCGCCAGGUCACGGGGCCCGCGACUGCAGCCCAGCUGCGCAACUUUGCCAUCUGUCAUCAUCUACAGGAGCUGCACGCCAAGCUGGCGGCGGCGAUCCCCGCGCUCCCGUCCGCGGCCACCCAGGCCGCGCUGGGCGCCGCCCUGGGGGCCAUUCACACCGUGGCCUCGGAGGCGGUAACACCGCUCUUCCGGGCGAUGGUUGAGCGCAUCGAGGCGCUUUUGCUGCAAAUCCACGACCAGGCGUGGGGCGCCGAUGUGCUGGCGGAUGACGUCGGCGGCGCGCCGGCGAACUGCAGCAGGUACAUGGAGGAGGUCGAGCGCGCGGUGCUGCACUUCCGACAAGAGUUCCUGUCCAAACUGCUGGUGGGCAUGGGGCCCGCUAAGGCGGGUGGUGUGAAUACGCUCGGCGCCGAGGAGAACAUCGUAUUGGGGCUGACCAAGCGAAUGGCCAGCCGCAUCCUCCUCGUGUUUGUGCGGCAUGCAGCGCUGGUGCGACCCCUGAGUGAGGCCGGCAAGCUGCGCCUGGUGCGCGACAUCUCGGUGCUCGAGUUUGCGGUCGGCGAGAAGCUGUACCCGGUGGAACAGCUCGGGGCGCCAUAUCGGGCGGUCCGCGCCUUUCGGCCGCUGCUGUUUUUGGAAACGGAUCAGUUCCCCACCAGCCCCCUGUUACAUGAGUUGCUCCCGAGCACCGUGCUCCAUCACCUCUUCUCCCGAGCGCCGGAGGAGCUGCGAUCCCCCCACGCACGGGCCAACGCCACCCCUGCUUCGUAUUCGUCGUACAUGGACGACCGCAGCGAAGAGGACAUCUGGAAGCGGAUCAAGGCGUCCCUCGACGCCUAUGCGCAACUGGUCAAGGCGAGAGGGGACAAGGAGUUCUCGCCGAUCUACCCGCUAAUGAUGUCAUUGGGUCAGUCCCUCCUAGAGGAUUAUGCGAGCGGAUCGAAAUGACACCCAUGAAAUGGGUCUAAGGUCCAUAAGCCCAUUUGAAUUCAAGCAAUAUCACAUACAUCGCUCCACUGAGCAAGCCAAGUCCAGCCUGCGGGCCUCCUGCAUGAUAGCAAUACGCGCAAGGAUUGCAAUCCUGACAGCAUCGGUCUAAGUCGCAACCGGCGACAUGCCACAGGCUUACUUGCGGAAGUUUUGAAUGCAGUG